AUGCUGCCGCGAUUACUAGGCCUGUUGGGCGUGGCGUGCGGGACGACGACGGCGGCGCGCGCGCCGGACGAAGGCACACGCGGUGGACAUGGCGCUGCCCCGCCGCCGCACAUCAUCCACAUCGUCGCCGACGAUUUGGGCUGGAGCUACGUGGACUGGCACCGCGACCCGCGCACCGCCGACCCCCCCGACACCCCGCUCACGCCGCGCUUGGACGCGCUCCGCAGGGCGGGCGUCACGCUGGAGCGCCACUACGCGUUCCAGUACUGCUCGCCCUCGCGGUCCGCGCUGCUGUCCGGCCGCAACCCGAUCAGCGUCAACGUCCAGAACGUCGUGCCCGAGGUGUCGAACCCCGAGGACCCCGUGGGCGGCUGGCAGGGGAUCCCCACGGCGAUGACCGGCCUGGCCGAGGUCCUCCGGCGCCGGGGGUACCGGACCGAGGCCGUCGGCAAGUGGGACGUGGGCAUGGCGACGGCGGCGCACCACCACCCGCGGGCCCGCGGCUUCGACGCCUGGACCGGCUACUGGCACCACGCCAACGACUACUGGACGUUCGCCGAAGAAACCUGCGACGGCGAGGCCGUCCAGGACCUCUGGCACUACAACGCGACGUUCGACGGGCCGGCGACAUGGCUGCGGAACGGCCCGUCCUGCACCCAGGGCAACCAGACGCACACCGCCGCGUCCCCCUGCGUCUACGAGGAGCAGCUGCUCGCCGACCACGCCGUGCGCGCCGUCGAGGAGCACGACGAUACCGCGCCGCUCUUCCUCUACUGGGCGUUGCACCUCGUGCACAUGCCCCUCCAGGUGCCCGACGCGUACCUCGCGCGCUUCGACGGCAUCCCGGACGAGCCCCGCCGCUUCAUGACGGCCAUGGUCCGCUACGCCGACGACGAGGUGGGCCGUCUCGUCGACGCGCUCGAGCGGCGCGGCAUGCUCGCGAACGCCGUCGUGACCUUCCACUCCGACAACGGCGGCGAGAUCAUGGGCGCGGGCGCGUGCGGCGGCAACAACUGGCCGCUGACGGGGGGCAAGUUCUCCAACUUCGAGGGCGGCAUCCGCGUGAACGCCUUCGUGUCCGGCGGCGCCGUCCCGGAAGCCCGGCGGGGCGCCGCUCUGUCGCAGCUGAGCACGCUCUGGGACUGGUACGCGACGUACGCCGGGAUCGCGGGCGCGGACUCCAUCGACGACGCCGCGGCGGCCGCCGCGGGCCUCCCGCCGCUCGACUCCGUCGACCAGUGGCCCUACGUGACGGGCGCGAACGCCACCCCCCCGCGGCGCGAGGUCGUCAUCGGCGACACGACGGCCGUCUACCCGAACGCCGACGGCCGGACGCGCGUGGGCGGCAUCCUCGUCGAGGGCGGCUGGAAGCUGCUCCUCGGGCCGCCCGACAAGCUCUACACCGUCGGGCAGUACGUGCGGACGGGCCCGAAUUGGCCCAACGCGAGCUCGCACCUCGUGCCGCUGCUCCAUCCGAAGACGUGCGGGCGCGAGCCCGCGCGGGGGUGCCUCUUCAACGUGCUCCGGGACCCGACGGAGCGGCGCAACCUCGCGGCGACGAACGCGACCCUGUUCCGGGCGCUGCUCGCGCGCGUGGACGCGCUGCAGCAGUCCAGCGAGGUCUACUCCCCGAUACGGGGCAAAGUCGACCCGCGAGCCUGCGAGGUGGCGACGAACAAGUACGGCGGGUUCUGGGGCCCUUCGCCGAUUGACGGAUAA